UUUCACUACUAAAUUAGUUUAAUAUCAGCUAUACUUUCCCAAUAUUUCCGCCAUUUUUAUCACACAAAAAGUAAAGAAUUUAAUAUGUGAAAAGGGCUUCAUGUUCGAGUUGAGCACUUUUUCACCCAAACUCUUCAAACACGGCUGUCAUCAACACAUCAUCAUCAUUUUCAUAAUCAUCAAAAGGGUCCAUUUUGAAAGCUCCCAAACCUCCAUAUACUACCCUGAAACAAAGUGUUGUAGAGAGAGUUUGUGUGUGAGUUUGAGAGAGAAAAAGUGAUAGAGAGAGAGACAAUGGCAAUGGCAGCAGCAGGUGUGUGUUUGAUAGUAUUAGGUUUGUUAGAAGUGUCAAAAGGAGCUGUUUAUAAAGUGGGAGAUUCUGCAGGCUGGACUACCAUUGGCAAUGUCGAUUACAAGCUCUGGUCUGCAACAAAAACCUUUCAACUUGGAGAUACUAUUGUGUUCGAGUACAACCCGCAGUUCCACAACGUGAUGCAAGUGAUCCACUCGGAGUACAAGGCGUGCAACGCGUCGUCCCCUAUCUCGACUCACACGACGGGCAACGACUCCCUCACCAUCGACACUCACGGCCACCACUUCUUCGUAUGCGGCGUCCCCGGCCACUGCCAAUCCGGCCAGAAAGUCGACAUCAAUGUGCUCCGUUCCCCGUCUCCGUCGUCGGGGAUCCCCUCGCCGCCUCUCCCCGCAGCCACCGUCCCUUCGCCCUCUCCCAGCGCUGCACCUCCGUCUCUCAAACUCGGAUGCCUGCCUCUCACUUUUCUUCUAUUUUACUUAUUUUAUUAUCCUUCUGCAUAAUAUAUACUAUAUAUAGAUUGCAGCUACCUAUACUAUUACCAAAUGUUUACUUAUUUGUAAAAUUAGUGAUAUGAUGCAUAUGUUUUGUUACGAAUUGACGAAAAUAUUGAUUCAGUUAAGAUCACAUGUACUAAUA